UGAAACACUUUUGUCCUUUGCUUUUCUCAAGAUCAGCUAUUGGCGGAUCUCGUAUUGGAUCCGGCGACAGAAAUGGCUAGCGGAGAGCCUUGGCAACAGAUCUUUUCUUUGUGUUGAGGCCUCAAAACAUUUAAUCAGCUUGGUUGGCCCAUGGCUUUAUUCGCCACUGUUACUUCCGCCCUAACCAACUUCUCUCUGGCUUAUGUGAAUUACGGUAUUAGCGUGGUCUGGUGACAUGCGCUCUAACCAUGCGAGAACCUGAAGCCCAAAGCCUUGCUCGUUGAAGAGGUUUUUCCGGAGACUUUUCCCCAUCGUUCUGUGAACAUUACCCCUUGAUGUAUGGAGGGAAAACGCGAUAAGGCGCGUUCCAUCUGCUUGCAGGCCGCCAUGGGUACCGUCGUCGUCUAAUCUGGGAUGCUGAACAGCCGACUCGUACGGUUUUAUAAGGGAAGGGAGUGUACCGACUGGUUAAGCCCUUCUGCGAGUGCAGCCUGUUCUCGAAGCCAGCUACCAACAUGCGCGGGCCACUUCUCCGACUCGUUCUCCUGGGCCUCGCCCUUGUAUCGUCGGCCGAGCCACUCCUCUCGCCUCACGUCGUCCAUGAACGCCGGCGUAGCGUUCCCGCCGGGUGGACUCGCACGCGUCGACACGCCAGCGAUGCCGUACUCCCGCUCAGGUUCGCUCUCGCACAGCAGAACAUUGGCAGCAUCGAUGAGUACCUGCUCGAUGUUGCGCACCCGGAAUCUCCGAACUACGGCAAGCACUGGACCGCGGGCGAUGUCGCGCGUAAGUUUGCCGCGAGCGAAGAGUCGAUCGUGACGGUGUUGGAUUGGCUCGAGCAGGGCGGUAUUGAGCGAGGACGUGCGAGGGUCAGCACGACGAGAGGAUGGGUCCACGUGGAUGCGACUGUGGAGGAGGCGGAGAGACUCGUGAACGCGGAGUACCACGUGUAUACGCACGAUACCGGGAAGGAGCAUAUUGCUUGCGAGGCUUACCACCUCCCGGAGCACGUCACGUCCCACGUUGACUUUGUCUUGCCCAGCGUUCACUUCGACGCUAAGCUCAGCCGCCGCUCGGAUACAUCCGAGAGCCAGCCUCCACUGAGUACCGCGGACCAGCCUGCGCACAACAUCGGCCUUCCAGGUGUCGGUAUCUCACCCAAGUCCGGCGGCAAAGUCACGGAGACCGUCAGCGAAGUUGAACAGUGUGACGAGUACAUCACCCCCAUUUGCCUACGCACCCUUUAUGGCUUGGAUUACACGCCGGUCGCUACCGACAAGAACAGCUACGGGAUUGUCGAGUAUACUCCGCAGGCGUACUUGUGGACCGAUCUCCAGAUGUUCGCGCUCAAUUAUUCGCUCGAUACACUUGGUAAAGCGCCGUACAUGGUUUCCAUCGAUGGAGGGUACCCGCAGACAGUCAAUCAGAGCUUUGACUACAACGGAGAGUCUGAUCUCGAUCUUCAGUACGGCAUGACGCUCGUCACGGGUGCUCAGACCGUAACCUUGUACCAAACUGGGGACAUUAUUGAGGGUGCUUCCUUCAACAACUUCCUCGAUGCUCUCGACGGAUCUUACUGCACCUUUGAGGGCGGCGAUGACUAUACCCAAGACUCUAUCUUCCCCGAUCCGUACCCUGGCGGAUACAAAGGUCCCGAGGACUGUGGAACAGUUAAACCUGCGAACGUCAUCUCAACGUCGUACGGCUAUAACGAGGCAGACUUGACGCCGUUCUACGCUGAGCGUCAGUGUGCGGAAUACGCGAAGCUCGGUCUCAUGGGUGUGACUGUCUUGUACAGUUCCGGAGAUGAUGGUGUCGCCGGCAACGGCGAUUUAUGCUUGAACCCGGAUGGCACGCAAACCGCAAACGGGACGAUCUUUGACCCCAGCUUCCCCGGAGUGUGCCCAUAUAUUACAUCCGUCGGUGCGACUCAGGUCAAGAACAACACCAGCGUCUACUCUCCGCAGCCCGAAAUGGCGUGCAUGGAGGUCAUCUACUCCGGUGGCGGUUUCAGCAACUACUUUCCCAUACCAUCCUACCAGGAGGAAGCCGUCUCGUACUACCUUGAGAACUACCCUCCGGACUACCCGCCGACAAUUUGGAAUGCGACCGGAAAGUCUCGAGCGUUCCCCGAUAUUGCCGCAAACGGCGCAAACUAUGUGGUAGCCAUUGACGGUGAAUUUGAGCUCGUCUACGGGACUUCGUGUUCCUCGCCAGUGAGUGGAGCCAUCUUCACCAUGAUCAACGACGCCCGUCUCGCAGCCGGCAAGUCCACUAUUGGGUUCAUAAACCCGACGAUUUACUCGUCGAAGUUUGCUGGGGCGUUCAACGAUAUCACUGAGGGUACGAAUCCUGGGUGCAAUACCGAGGGGUUCAACGCUACGCCCGGAUGGGACCCUGUCACGGGUCUAGGCACGCCGAAUUUCCCAAAGCUACUGGCAGCGUGGCUCGAACUUCCUUGAGAAACAUUUGGCUCGGGAAGGGCACUGGCACGAGUCGCGCGUUAGAGACAUCAGUUCGAUUCUUUUUGACCUGCUUGUAAAACGGGUAAUGGGACAAUGCAGAAGCAUACAUACGCUAUGUUGGGCAGUACACCGACCGACUCGGACGAGUCGAGCCCAUCGCUUUCACGUGUUUAAAU